GAAAGGGGGUGGGAUGACAAAAGGUGUAACAGAGAGAGGGAGAGCGCUGGGGAACUCAAGCAAUGGGAAGGGGGAAGGGGAGGGGCCGAUAGAGCGUGUGUGUGUGUAUGUGUGUAGGAGAGCAAAAGAGGGAGGGGUGAGUGUGUGGCUGAGGCACCACUGAAUGAGGAAGCAGCAGAGCCAUUUUUACUGUUGAGUAACAGCACGCCGCUAUACCGGAGGGAGAGAGACCGAUCGAGGGGAAUCUGAAUCGGUGUGCCGCCUCCUGUACGCUGUCGGCGGACCGUCUCUGGCCUCUCUUUCCUCCCCCCCCCCCACCCUCGGCCACUGGUGUCCAUUUGAGUGGGGGAGUCCCUGGGAGAGGAGACACACAAUGGAGCGAAGAGCCUGUGGCAACUGGGCCGUUGUGCUUCUGAGAGGGGGAUGGGGCAGGGAAAAGACCGGCUCUCACAGCUAACACAACCCGCAGGCAGCAGGCCCCUACAGCCGCACUUCUUGGCCGAAAAACCUCCCGAGCUCCCGGCUUGUCUUCUCUUUUUUUUGUAGUUUGGAAAUACAGACAACCCAGUACUCGAAAUGGAUUUAAACGAGAGUACCUAAAUGACCGGGAUUUUACGAUACAAACUGGAACCCUGAGAGUGAAUCUCUUCCUGUGUUUUGUGAUUGAGAGAAGGCUUAGGAGAGGACAGGAAAACUUGUCUUUUUGUUCUUUUUACUGGAGUUUCGCCAUCUUUCUGUGGCGUGUUUUAAAUGGAUUACAAGAUGCAUGCCAAGUCAAACGAUUUGCUGGAUUUUCAGAAACUGGAUGCCCUUCUGGAAAAAAUUGCACACUCUGUUUCCAUGAAAAGAGAGUCCAGUGAGGAGUGCAAUGGGAUCAGCAGUGCUCUGUCAGUGGAGUCUGUGCCGGGGCCAAGACUGAACUGGUGUCCCACCAACACCACCGCCUUCGCCCCUGCCCCUGCUCCUGCUCCACCUCAGCUUCCACCACCCGCUCCGGGACCCCAACCUGCACGCCACUUUCCUAGCAUGGGGGACGGCCUGAAUGCUUCCCAGAUGUCGGGAAGCAGCAGCAGCAGCAGCAGCCAGGGGCAGCCCCCAGCUAAGGUGCACGUGGGCGGCACCGGGGCCAACCCCCUCCCCCCGGAGUACAUCAACCCCAACAGACCCAAGCGGCAGACCAACCAGCUGCAGUACCUGCUGAAGGUGGUGCUCAAGUCCCUGUGGAAGCACAACUUCGCUUGGCCUUUUCACCUGCCGGUGGAUGCUGUCAAGCUCAGCCUGCCUGACUACUACAAUAUUAUCAAAUAUCCUAUGGACAUGGGAACAAUCAAGAAAAGGCUUGAAAACCAUUACUACUGGAAUGCCCAAGAAUGUAUCCACGACUUCACCGCCAUGUUCACCAACUGCUACAUAUACAACAAGCCAGGAGACGACAUAGUCCUGAUGGCCGAGGCCCUGGAGAAGGUGUUCCUCCAGAAGGUGUCCGAGAUGCCCGAGGAGGAGACCGAGAUCGUCGUCAUGACGGGGAAGGGCCGCGGCCGGGGCAGGCGAGAAGGAGGUAUGAGCAUGAAGCCGGGGCCCCUGGUGGAUUCGCCGAACACGACCCCUCACACACGUGGCCUGUCAAACCUCUCCGCUCCGCCUCAGACCCGGGGGCCGAUGCAGGGCCCCCCGUCGCUACCUCCCCAGCCUGUGAUGCAGGCCCUCCCGCCCCGCGUGCCCCCUACGUUACCCAGCCACGCGCCGCAGCUGGGAGCCCCCUACUCCAUGGCCCCCAUGGACUGCAUCCCUCAAGCACACGUCAUGCCCCUCUUGCCGGCCCCCACCCACACCACCCUCCCGCCUCUGGCCAUCCAGAGCUCGGCCCCCAUGCUGCAGAACACCCUCCCGCCGAUGAUCAAACCGAGAAAGAGCCAGAAGAGGAAAGCGGACACCACAACGCCCACGGCCAACGACCAGAUGAGCGAGUCGUCGCCGGCGGCCGAGUCCAAGUCGGGCAAGACGUUGCCCAGGCGGGAGGGCGUGCGGCCCAACAAAGUCAUCAAGAAAGAGGCGCCCGACUCCCAGCACCACGUAGCCAUGGGUACGGGGGCCAGCGGCGGCGGGCUCAGCCCCAAGCCCCAGGACCAGCUGGGCUACUGCGGCAGCCUGGUGAGAGAGAUGCUCUCAAAGAAGCACACGGCCUACGCCUGGCCCUUCUACAAGCCCGUGGACGUGAACGCGCUGCGGCUCCACGACUACCACGAGAUCAUCAAACACCCCAUGGACCUCAGCAGCAUCAAGGCCAAGCUGGAGAACAGGCAAUACCGGGAAGCCCAGGAGUUUGCUGCGGACGUGCGGUUAAUGUUUUCAAACUGUUACAAGUACAACCCCCCCGACCACGAAGUUGUGGGCAUGGCACGCAAGCUACAGGACGUGUUUGAGAUGCGCUUCGCCAAGAUGCCGGACGAGCUGGACAUGAAGCCGAUGGCGGUGCCGCCGCCCCCCACGCUGCUGCACCACCCCGCCCCCGUCAAGCCCCAGCCCCCGCUGGGCCGCAUCGGCUCCUCCUCCGACAGCUCCAGCUCCUCCUCCUCCUCCUCCUCCUCCUCCACGGACGACUCUGAGGAGGAGCGGGCCCAGCGGCUGGCCGAGCUCCAGGAGCAGCUGAAGGCGGUCCACGAGCAGCUGGCCGCCCUCUCCCAACCGCAGGCCACCAAGCCCAAGAGGAAGGAGAAGGAGAAGGAAAAAGAGAAGAAGGAGAAGAAGAAGGAGAAGCAUAAGAAGAAGGGAGGCCUGAUGACGGCCCUGGUGGACGAGAUCCAGGAGCCCAUGCCGGUGCUGCAGCUCCCCAAGAAGGUCAAGACCAGCCACAGUAGCAGCAAGGACCUGCUGCCCAAGAAGAAGCCCAGUAAGAAGGACGGCGUCAAGAACAGCCACCCGCCCACCCUGCUACCCACCCCCAGCCUGGAGGACGAGCCGGCCGCGGCCAUGGCCAUGUCGGCCGGCUCGUCGGCCACGUGGGAGAAGUGCAAGCCCAUGUCCUACGAGGAGAAGCGGCAGCUCAGCCUGGACAUCAACAAGCUGCCGGGCGACAAGCUGGGCCGCGUGGUCCACAUCAUCCAGUCCCGCGAGCCCUCGCUCAAGAACUCCAACCCGGACGAGAUCGAGAUCGACUUCGAGACGCUGAAGCCGUCCACGCUGCGGGAGCUGGAGCGAUACGUGUCCACCUGCCUCCGCAAGAAGAAGAAGGUUUCAGUGGAGAAACCGGCGGAGGCCCUGAUGGUCGCCUCCAAGAAGGCGGGCUCCUCCUCGGAGAGCAGCGGCUCCAGCUCAGACAGCGAGGCGGAGGUGACCGGCCUGAUCCCCAAGCUGCAGAAGAAGAAGAGCCAGUUAGUGAAGGACGGGAAGAAGAGCCACCCGCACGUGCACAGCGGACCCCCUGGCCUCAUUUCCCAGGCCCCCGGCCUCCAGGCCACCAUCCACAUGAAGCCCCAGCCGCCGCAGCAAGCCCCGGCCCCCGGCUUCAUGGCGGGCCCCGUCGCCGCCCUGGAGUCCUCGCAGAUGCUGGAGAACAGCUUCGACCCGUUGCCCCACUUCGGCCAGCCCCUCAUGCAUCUCCCCCAUCACGCAGGCAACGCCGCCUCGCCCGCGGCCCCUCAACACAACGCCCACCCGGCCGCCGGCCCCGCGUCCCCGGAGACGCACCCCUUCCUCAACCAGCAUCCGGCGCUCACGCCCGCAGGUGAGACCCCGUCCCUGCACAACGCCAUGCCCCAGCAGCCCUCCCGGCCCAGCCACAAGGCGGCCGCCAUGCCGGCCAAGCCCCCUCUGCAGCAGCAGCAGGCCGUGGCCCCGCCCCAGCCCCAACCCGCCAUGCCCGUCCCCCAGCACCCACAGCCGCCCCCAGCCCCCCAGCAGCAGCAGCAGCAGCAGCCGCCCCCACAGCAGCAGCUGCAGCCCCAGUCCUCGGCGCCGCCACCGGCGCCACCGCCGCCGCAGCAGCAGCAGCACCAACAACACCAACUCCCGCCGCACAUCCUGCACCCCCCCCAGCCCCUCCACCAGCGGCCCCUGUCCCUGUCCCCGCCCACCCUCACCCCGCAGGGCCUGCUCUCCUCCCAGCCCCCCCAGAUGCUGCUGGAGGAGGACGACGAGGAGCCCGGGCCGACGAUGCCCCUCAGCCAAAUGCACCUGUACCUGCAGCAGCUGCAGCAGGGGCGGCAGCCCCAGCAGCCCCAGCAGCUCAUGCAGUCCCUCCAGGCACAGGCCCGGCAGCAGCAGCAGCAGCAGCAGCAGCAGCAGCAGCAGCAGCAGCAGCAGCAGCAGCAACAACAACAACAACAGCUGCAGCAACAGCAACAACAGCAGCAACAACAACAACAACAACAACAACAGCUGCAGCAACAGCAACAACAGCAGCAGCAGCAGCAGCAGCAGCAGCAACAACAGCAGCAGCAGCAGCCGGUUCAGCAGCUGUCUGCCCAGCCCCUGAUGCAGUCUGUCCAGGUUCAGUCUCAGCUGGCGUCGCUGGCCCCGCCAGAGCUCUCGGCCCAGGCUCAGGCCCCCCCGGCCCCGUCGCACCAGGCCAAGCCCCAGCAGAUGCCCAUGCACCAGGCGCGCCACAUGCAGCACACCCAGCAGACGCAGCAGCAGCAGCAGAUGGGCUACCAGCAGGGCCCUGGACAGGCCGCCGGGCCCCAGAGUUCCCAACACAAAGUGCCGGGGCUGUCGGCCAAACCUCAGCAUAACAUCAUCCAUCAGCAGCAGCAGCAGCAGCCCUCCCCACGACAGAUCAAGGCCGACCAUUACAACGCAGGCCACCACCGCGACAACCCGUCGCCCCUCAUGAUGCAUUCCCCGCAGCUGCCGCAAUAUCCACCCGUAGUCCACCAGUCUCCACCUCACAGCAUGCAGCCCAAAAAGCAGCAGAGGGUACCUGUAAGCCACGCUGGACCAAAGGAGGAGCGGCUAGCUCCCUCGCCCGUCAUGAGAGGGGAGCCCUUCAACCCUGCCAUGAGGCCAGACCAUCACAAACACCCCGACAGCAAGCCCUCCAUAGCAGGCCACGGCCAACAGAAUGCGAAGUCCAUGGACAGCUCGCGGCCUGUCAUACGCUCCUCUGAGUCCAGUGGACCCCCACCCUCUCUGCAGGACAAAGAGAAGUUCAGGCAGGAGUCCAAGGCGCCAGUGGCCCCCAAAAAGGUACAGGAGGUGAAGCUGAAGAACAUGGGCUCGUGGGCCAGCCUGGCGCAGAAGGCCACGUCGGCGCCGUCGUCGGCGCUGAAGUCGUCGAGCGACAGCUUCGAGCAGUUCCGCCGGGCACUGCGGGAGAAGGAGGAGCGCGAGAAGGCCCUGAAGGCUCAGGCGGAGCAGGCGGAGAAGGAGCGCAUACGCAGGGAACAGGAGAAGCUGCGGGGUCGAGACGAGGAGGAGGUGAUGGAGGCCCCCCGCAGGGUCCACGAGGAGCCCCGCAGGCGGCAGGAGCAGCAGCACAUGCAGCCCCCACCCCAGCAGCAGCAGCCGCCGCCGCAGCAGCAGCAGCAGCCUGAGCCCCAGCCGGCCCCCGUCCAGCAGGCCGUCCAGCAGCCGCCCACGCCCCCCCAGCCCGCUGCACACAACCCCAUGGACCAACAGAGGGAGCUGGCGCGCCGUCGGGAGCAGGAGCGCCGGAGGAGAGAAGCCAUGGCGGCCACCAUUGACAUGAAUUUCCAAAGUGACCUAAUGGCUAUCUUUGAGGAGAAUCUGUUUUGAGGAAUGAAAGAAAGCAAUUGAAACCUAACUGCAAAAAAGGAAAAAAAUAAUAAAAUAACAACUACAAAAAAAUGGAACUAGUGCAAGGGGGACAGAGACGUCCUGUGGAGGCGGGUCGGAGAAAGCGGUCCGUCGGUGGAGGGGGUUACAACAUCAACAGAUCAACAACAGGGACAGAUGGGACGCAGAGGGGGGGCCCUAGGCCGCUGAGACAGACUUUUCGGGUUUCAACAGCUGAGCGGACAGAUGUGUAUGGCUGCUCGUGCCCUCGUGACAAAAGACAGUAGGAGGGUGGCGCGGGAUAACCGCCAUUGUUGCUGAUGUCAUUUCCUCAAGGACUUCCUGGCCCGCGGACUUCCUGGCCCGCGCCCCUUCGGGGGGGGGGGGGGGGGGGAAAUCCCGAUACGGUUUGUCUUCUCUCGCAGGCUGACCGGGCUGACGGUCCAAAAGGAGAAGGGGUUUGGAGGGGGGGGGGGGGGGGGGGAGGAGACAAAAAAAAACGACGCUCUGAAAAUGCUCUGAUAAUGUGCUGACAGACUGUGCCGCGGCAUUCUGUUCAACUGCCACAUGCCUGGUGUGGCGGAGAAAGACACUUUUUUUUUUUCUUUCCUUUUUUGUUUUGUGCGUGUGUGUGUGUUUUUAUUUGUGUUUGGUCUGCGUAGGUGACACACGUGAAAUGACGGUGACUCGGCACGGGAUGGGUGGGUAGGUAGGUAGAGGGGGGGGGGGGGGGGGGGGGGCCGGCGGGCAACUUCCAUACUGUAUAUCAUGUAUAUUUUCUCAAGCCGAGAAGGUACAGUUUGCCUUACAAACACACCUCUUUUUCCUAUACAAGAGCCUAUGUUCCGGGGCCCGGACACACAAACAAAGACCCCACAAUAACGGCAGUUAUACGGCCAGGAAUCUUUUCUUCAUGUACUCUCUACUGUAAAGAAGUAUUUUCUUACGCUACGAUUUAACCGGUUAUUUUUAUCCCCAGCCCCCCCCCCGUCCCCUCUAUUUCUCCCCCUUGCUCCCUUUAAUCCUCCUCACCAACACACUCCUCCAACUGCGUCUAUGCCAAACGACCCCCCCUCCCCAUCCUAAUACCUUUUAUUAUAAAGCCCUUUUCCUGAGAUGUGUAGGUAGCUAGCAAAAAAACUGCAUUCUCAUUAUAAUAGCAAGUAUUUAUCAAAGAAAGAUUCACCUUUUUUAUUUCCUAAUGCCUUGUUUAAUUGUACAUUUGGAACUACGGCGGGAGACGGAGGAGGGGUCAAGUGCGGCUGUUCUUGAACUUCUUCAGCAAGAAGCGACUUUCCCACUUUUAACUCCAUCACCCAUAGCAACGGUAAGAAUGGGCACAGUUUCGCCACCAUCGCAACCGACCAACAAACAUUUGUCGUCCACUGAACCAGGUUGUUUGGGCUGGGGGGGGGAGGGGGCCAAGUUGUUGCCCAUGUCCCUUUUUACUAGCCAUGAUUUACCAGUGCUCUGGUCCAUGCUAAGCAUUCUGGACGCAGAGAGUUUAGUCUUUGUGCAAAUUCCCAUAAUAGACACUGAACGACUUUAAUUUAUAGGCAACAGCAACUCACAACUGUUGAAACGGUGGCGGCGGUGGUUGAAGAGAACUCUCCCAGUGAUUUUAUUUUUUGUUUUUUUUACAAGAUGUCUUCUACUUCACUUAAAGGCACUCUGUUGCAAGUACAAAAAGCACGGUAAACAAUUGCAAAAGUUAUGCAGAAAACGUAAAAAAAAAAGUUAUUUGAUUUGUAUAAUUGUUCUUGUUGGAUAAUAGUGGAUGUGCGUUCUAAUACUUUUAUCUGAGACGUCGGUAGGAUUAAGGUUUGGUUGUUAAUCUGAAUGACUCGUUCUCUAAAUUCGUCUCCUGGUGUUUUUUCUCCAGUGCCUGUAUUGUAUUGCGAUUCUAGUUGGCUUCUAUUACCCAUAAGUUCUAAGAAGACGGGAGAAGGGACUUGGUUGCAUAAUAUUUGAUCAGGAGGAACAAUUUUUGAGUGUAUUAAUUCAUUAAAAAAAGUUAAAUUCAGCCUUUUACAUAUUUUACCCAUUAUCAAUAUUCAGGUUUUAAAAUCUAGUUUUAGCGGGACUUCUACGAGUGAGUGUACAAACCUGGCAACUCUUUUUCUCAUUUUGUUCAAUUGCAAAAUUUUACAGUAGAUGUUUCCAAGUUGCCACAUUAGCGUUGACUGUAAGUAUAGGUCUGUAUGUGUGAAUGUGUAUAAUUGAAUGCCUGUGUGGUUGUAUGUAUAUUAUUAUUUUAGGUUGUGAUGCAGGGAGCCAUGUUUACUGUUGUAGAUGAGGGAACUAUUGGUAAGGAGAGUAAACGAUGCUUCAGGAGAACUUGUUUCUCUGCUAAAGUCACCUUUUUUUAUUUCUUUGAAGUCCACCAUAUAUAUGCAUUAUAUAAUUUUUAUUAUUAGACAUUUUUUUUUAUAUAUAAAAAAGGUAACUUUUUUUUCAUUCCUUUUGAAAUACUUUUAUUUUCGUUUCCAUUGAGUUUGACGUUGUUGAACGACAUGUGCCAUGAGUUCUACAGAGAAUGUGCAGGCCUGCAGCCCGGUGUUAUUCAGGUAUUUUAAUUUGUAUCACAUUUGUUCUGUUUUUCUGGGGGGCUGUUUUGAGACAUUAUCCUCGAUUUUAUUAUUUUUUCGUUUGGUAUUUUGUGAGUGGUCUAUCGAGGUCUCUGAUUCAAUCUCUUACGAUCCUUGAAUAAACUCAUCUCUUUUAUAGAAAAUAAAAAAAUGAAAUAAA